CUUCAGCUCGAUAAGCAUCAGCCGUGUCGUCAUCGGCAUCACAAGCGACAAUUUGUGUUCAAACGUUUCAAUCCGAGCCAAUCCAAGCGAAUUAGCGUUCUCGCUCACAUGUUAUAGGGACCUUCGCGCUAUGAGAGGCGCCAGCUGACCCAGGAACCUGCGCACCAAUCGUCCGUGGCAUUUCUCGGUAACUGUCGAAAAUGUUGAGCUCUACCGCCUUCAUGUUACUUCCGGGCAACUGCAUGCGGCAUCGUGCAUUCAGCACAAGUGCUGUGGUGCACCACCUGCAGAAACAAUCGCGCCUGCGAGUGGUGGACAACAGCGCACUGGGUCGCCAGGCCAUGAUGGAUGGGAAGCCGCCAAAGAUCAUCCAGGUCUACAACAAGACGGGCUUUGCCUCUAUUGGCGACAAGGUGUUGGUGGCAAUCCUGGGCCAAAAGAAGAAGGGCUUUGUUGUGGGCUGCAAGCACAUGAAACAGAGGCCGCUGGUGCCCCGAUAUGACACGAACAACAUGGUGCUGCUCGACGACAACGGCAAUCCUCUGGGCACACGCAUACUGGUGCCUCUGCCGUCCAUGCUACGCGGAGACAAGCCGCGUUAUUCCAAGAUUCUGGCCCUCUGCUCGCGAUUCGUCUGAAUUGACUCGUUCG